UCCAAUUUUGUGAUAUUGUUUUGAACACACACACACACACUCUCUCUCUGUUUUUAUCUCCGAAAAUUAGGGUUUUGUUUUUGACACUUGGACGACGAACACACAGCUACACAAAAGGUGAUAUGUGUGGAACAAUCAAUCUUAAUCUCAUUAGGCCACUACUGUUGUUUUCCAAUUUCUUGUGCUUUGAUCUGAAAUUUGGGUUUUUGAUUUUGUAUCUAUUGAAUAGGUUUUGUUUGUUAGGGUGAUCUUUCUUUUUAGGUGUAGAAAUGGUGGGUUGUGAUUGAGUGUGGUGGUGGGUGGCCCAGGGGAGAGGGUAGUGGGUUAAGAUGACAGAUAUUCAGCAACAAUUGCAACAGAAAUCUGAAACCGCCACAGAUGCCCGCUCUGAAUUUGAGCUGGGAUUGGAGGAUUUUAUGCGUGGACAAUUCGAUGGUUGUAUGCCAUUUGCAUCAUGUAGCUCUCCACGUAAUGCCGAGGAUGAGGAUGAUGAGGGUGAUCAACUUGUUAGGAGGAGGAGGAGGUCGGAUCUUGAAGGGGAUGAUUUAGCUGAGUCUUCUGCUGCCCGGAGGCGCCACUCGCGGAUUUUAAGCAGUUGGGCUGCCCGGCAGGCACAGGAGAUGAUUACGACGAUUGAGAGGAGGAAUAGAGAAUCGGAGUUGAUGGCACUCGCGGGUCUUCAUACAGUUUCCAUGCUUGAUUCGUCAUUCUUAAGGGAGUCACAGUCUCCUACUUCGAGAAGGCAGGGUAAUGUCGAGAGACCAAGCACCCAGUCAUCAUCUAUUUUGCAAAUGUGGAGGGAGUUGGAGGAUGAGCACUUGUUGAAUCGUGCUCGGGGAAGGGUGAGAGAAAGAUUGAGGCAACAGAGGAGUGUCGAGUCGAAUACAAAUGUGUCUACAAAUAUGUCUGAAAGCCGGGGUAGUGAGAUUCAGGGAAGUUUGGAGGAUGCUAGUGAAAGUGAGAAUGACUUUGGAAGUUGGUCCCAUGAUCAGAUGGUGAGACAGAAUGAGCAUGAUGACCGUGAUACUUCUAGCCGUGAGCAAUCUCCUGACCUUGGUGAAGUUGAGAGGGAGAGGGUCAGGCAUAUUGUUCGGGGAUGGAUGGAGAGUGACAUCACUGACCAUUCACCUAAUGUAACACAGAGGAGCAAUAAUAGUCCAAGAGCAGAGUGGCUUGGUGAAACUGAGCGUGAAAGGGUUAGGAUUGUGAGGGAAUGGGUGCAAAUGACUAGUCAACAACAGAGAGGAGCUCGUGGUGGUCGAAGGGAUGAACAAGUUGCUGGACUUGUACCUCAAGCUGACCAACUUCGGGAAGCGCUGGUUGUUGACCAUGAUGAAGGCCAGCCUGAGCAUGCUCGCAGGGACAUGCUGAGGUUGCGUGGGAGACAAGCUCUAAUCGAUUUGCUUAUGAGGAUUGAGAGAGAAAGACAGGGGGAACUUCAGGGUCUGUUGGAGCAUCGGGCUGUUUCUGAAUUUGCUCAUCGCAACCGCAUUCAGUCAUUACUCAGAGGUAGAUUCUUGCGAAAUGAAAGGCCUGUUGAGGAGGAGAGACCCCCUUCUAUGGCAGCGAGUGAAUUGGUUCAGUUAAGACAACGACAUACUGUUUCUGGCUUAAGGGAAGGGUUCCGCACCAGAUUAGAAACUAUUGUUCGUGGUCAAGUAGUCACCAAUCCUGAUACCUCACCUAACAAUAACACCACUGAUUCUAGAAAUGAUCAGAUCCAUACAAACAUUCCACAAGGGGCCCAACAUGAAAACCAUGAGCAGUCGCAACCUAGAAGCCAGGCAGCUGACAUCCAUCGGUUAUCAGAUCCUAUAGGAAAUUCUGAAAACAACACAGCUGCUGAGAGCAUUUUUUGGGAAGCUAGUGUUAAUCACGGAAGUGAUUGGCAGGAACAAGGCAUGGAAGAUGGCAGAGGAAACUGGCAGAACGCUGCAUAUAAUCAGUUUAAUGAAUGGACAGAUGGCACUGCUGGAGAUAUGGAUGUUAAUUGGCAGGAAAAUCCUGUUAAUGAUUGGCCCCAGGAAACUCUGGGAAAUGAAGGUGUCGAAGAGGGUCAUCCGCAACAAACCCAUGAGGGUUGGCAUGAAAAUGAUGCGAGGGAAGCUGUGGAAAAUUGGUCAGAACCACCUUCCGACCCCCCUAGAAUGCGCCGUUUUAUCCCAAUCAGAAGAGUCAAUAGAUUCCACCCACCUGAUGAUGAUAAUGUGUAUAGUAUGGAACUCAGGGAACUUUUAAGCAGGAGAAGUGUUUCUAAUCUUCUUCGAAGUGGUUUCCGUGAGAGUCUGGACCAAUUAAUUCAGUCAUAUGUAGAAAGGCAAGCCCAUGCUCCGAUUGACUGGGAUCUGCACAGGAACUUGCCUACUCCGAUACCUGCUUCACCAGAGCGGGAUCAGGAGCAACAGAGGGAUGAGCAGAAUGGGAAUCCGAAUGAUGCUAUGGGUAGACCUUCACUGGUACUACCAUCUCCUCCAGUGCCCCCUCCACAGCCACUUUGGCAUCAGGAUUUACAUCAUUCUACUUGGCCUCGACAUGGCAUGCAUCGUUCAGAACUUGAGUGGGAGAUGAUUAAUGAUCUAAGAGCAGACAUGGCAAGGCUUCAACAGGGCAUGAGUCACAUGCAGAGGAUGUUGGAGGCCUGCAUGGACAUGCAAUUGGAGUUGCAACGCUCGGUAAGACAGGAGGUCUCUGCAGCUCUAAACCAGUCAUCUGGUGGAGAGGGGCCGGCCGAGUCAUCGGAGGAUGGAUCUAAAUGGGGUCAUGUUAAGAAGGGAACUUGCUGUGUUUGCUGUGAUGGCCACAUUGAUUCUCUUUUGUACAGAUGUGGGCACAUGUGCACUUGUUCGAAAUGUGCCAAUGAGUUGGUUCGAGGAGGGGGGAAGUGUCCACUGUGCCGGGCACCCAUUGUUGAGGUUAUUCGUGCUUACUCCAUACUGUAAAAUGAAAAAGGCUAAAAGAAAAAGAGGAAAACAAUUGAGUGAAAAUAUUUAGGAGAAUCAUUAACUUUCGAGUAUUUAUUUUGUAGAGUGUGUGUUUAGUUUUGCCGGUGUUUUCUGAUAUUAUUUAUAUGGCAAACGCUUUUGCAUUGUAUAAUUGGAAUUAACAAAAAUGGCACCUUUUUUUUGAUGAUUCUUCAUUCAUUCGUAAAUAAAAUUCCACUGAGAAUUCUCUGUUUUCGUUCUCA